CACACAUACACCAGCUCUCUCUCUCUCUCUCUUGUCAGCCAUGUCCACCACAACCAACAGUAUCGACGUCUCGGGGUGCUAUUUCUCCACUUGGCCUUCCCCCGUCCCGCGCCCUGGAAAAAGCCGCUAAGGAAGCCCAGGGCAAGAGGGCUUACUUUGACCUUGUUAAGGCCCAGAAGGCACACACCUGGACCGGCGCCUACCAACCACGCCCGAAGCCUGGUCAAGCCUUCCACCACUGCCGCAAGCACCAAUAUGGGUGGAACAAGUCGCGCCCCAUCGACUGCCGGUUUGCAACUCUGGACGAGAGUACAGGCGCCAUCCGUUUUGACGGCGAUGCGGCCAUCGCAGAGCGCGACCGCGUCCACGACGCAUAUGUGCAGCUUAGUGCUGCAUAUGCCUGGGAUAAGGACGGCGUUUCCUGGCCGGACGUUUAUAAGAAUGAGUUUUCCUUUGCUCGAUAUGAGUAAUAAAAAAAUUUAAAAAAAAA